AGGCAAAGUGUGACUACCGCAAGCAGUUCGCAACCGGCGCGACCGGCGUCCCGCGGUGGACAAGGUGUCGGUGACCCACACCACCACCACCACCAUGUCCUUUCGCUGGUGGACGGACACGGUUGGGCGGUGGGCGGCUCGCAGGACCACCGCCAGCGGCACUCGACUGUCGCAGGGCAGCUGAGCGCUGUCGUGCGACAGGCGCAUUGUUGCGUGCGGCAGAAUGCCGCACCAUCGCUCGGUGGGGACAGUGAGUGUGUGCAGUUCGGGGCCGGUGAACGACGGAGCAAAACGACGCCUCGGGAGCGUAGGUCAGGGACGGCGGGCAGGCGAUCGGCAGUUUCGACGGUCGUAUGGAUUGUGCUGUCGCAGCUCAUUCACGUCGGCAGCGUCGCGGCAUCCCAAGCGCUCGAUGCUGACCCGGGCAACAGUAACGCCAGUAACGCCGGUAACGCUUACGGCAAUCGGUUCGGCCGUUUGCUGCUCAACGGUACGCGCUCGGUGGGAGGAGCGGGGCCGUCGUUGCUCGGUGCCAGCACUACCGUCCUCACCACCGAGCCGGCACCGUUCGAUGGAGGGGUGGCGUUUGCCGCUGCUGCUGCUGCUGAUGGGACCGCUUCCGCUGGCUUUAACGAUUCCAGCGAAAUGCCCCAAAUUCCGGAGUACAUCCGGGCGACGUCGAUGGUGUUCUGUAUCAUUAUCAUGUGUCUCGGCGUUAUCGGCAACGUUAUGGUCCCGAUUGUCAUACUCAAGACGAAGGAUAUGCGCAACUCGACCAACAUCUUCCUCACCAAUCUAAGCAUCGCCGAUCUGCUCGUUCUGCUCGUCUGCACACCGACCGUGCUGGUGGAGGUCAACUCGCCGCCCGAGGUUUGGGUGCUCGGGGAGGAAAUGUGCAAGGCGGUACCGUUCGUGGAACUGACGGUGGCACACGCGAGUGUCCUCACGAUUCUGGCGAUAUCGUUCGAGCGCUACUACGCCAUCUGCGAGCCGCUCAAGGCCGGGUACGUCUGCACGAAGACGCGCGCCCUGCUAAUCUGCCUUGCGGCGUGGACUGUCGCCGCCAUCCUGACGAGUCCGAUCCUAUUCUUUGCCGAGUACAGCGUGCAGCCGUACCUGGACGGUAGCCGGGCGGCCAUGUGUCUGACGAAAGCGUCCAACGGCUGGACGUUCACCUUCUUCCUGAUGACGAUCUCGCUGUUCUUCGUGCUGCCGCUGGCCAUACUGGUCGUGCUGUACGCGAUCAUUGCCCGCAAUCUGAUCGCGAGCGACCGGUCGCGGCUCAAGAUCCGGCUCAGCAAGCCCGAGCUAAGCCACAAGGCCCGCAAGCAGGUCGUGCUGAUGCUGGGCGCGGUCGUGCUCGCCUUCUUCACCUGCCUGCUGCCGUUCCGCGUGCUGACGCUCUGGAUCAUACUCGUGCCGGAGGAAACGUUCCAGCAGCUAGCGCCCGAGCGGUACUACAACCUGCUGUACUUUAGCCGCAUCAUGCUCUACCUCAACUCGGCCGUCAACCCGAUCCUCUACAACCUGAUGUCGUCCAAAUUUCGGAAAGGAUUUCUGCGGCUGUGCAGCUGCUCGCAGUGGGCGGGCGGAGCGCACGGUCGUCGCAAGGGCCGCAACCGGUCGGCCACCUUUACCACUACCACCACCACCACCACCAACACGACGUCGAGCUCCACGUACGGGGGUACGGGUCCGUCGCUCGCGCUGGGCAGUUGCCGAUACGACCGCAGCAGCAACAGUGCCGAGGACGGUCCAAUCGGGCGGAACAAUGGGACGCAAAAGCUCACAUUAUCGCUGGACGAUUUGCGCCUGCAGCUGCCGGCGGAUGGCGACUGUUCAACACCACCAUCGCUUCCCGCACCCUCCUCCUUCUACCGCCUGAACCUGGUGCGCCAGUACUCGAGCCCGCUGCUGCUGUUCUCGUCGUCGCCCGCACCGACCAUCCAUCGGUCGACCGGUGCGUCCUGCCAUCGGGGCGGCGCAUUUAAGCGCCAGUUUAACGUGACCUUCGACGAACCGACCGGCGACGGUGGCGGCAGUCUGCUAGCGUCCGCCGAAGCCGAACAGCUUCUCCUGCGUAUCGACCAGCAGCAGCAGCAGCAGCAGCCCGAACCACGCAGCCAACCGUUGCGCAAUGCGCUGCGGAUCAAGUUUCCCCGCUUUCACGGUGCAGCGGCACGCACCCGAUCGGCGGCGGGCGGGAAGCGCCGAAGCGACAGCAAUGGGCGGACGGCCGCAACCGUAAAGCAGCUGUCGCUGGACGAAACUUUACUGACGGCGGCGAUGGCGGGGCGAAAAGUUUGACAAUUCCAGCCGAUGGACGCGUGUUCGAUUGGAAGCGAAAGUGGCCGCCGUUCGUGUGUGUGUCCUCCCUGUGGGGACGAAGCUCGGCACGAGCUGGUACGAAACGUCCUUCCCCCCCGUGGUGUCGCUUUUGCGGUCGUCAUCGCCGUCAUCGUCGUGGUCGGCCACUUCUAAUUGAGUUUCGCUGUUUUGGUCCCAGGAUCGGUGUGCGGGUGGUCUCGGCCUUUGCACGUCGCCGCCGGCCCGAACGGGGUGAAGGUGUUGAAGGUCGAAGGGUUUCCUUCCGGCCGCGGGGCGGUCACUGACCCUUCGUCUCGAAGGGAGAAGCUCGUGAGGUGUGUCGUAAAAGCGGCAAAAGGGCAAGCGAAAGCUAACCGAAGCGAAGAGGCACAGGAUGGAGCACGGUUCGUUGCAUUUUUGUUGCUGUUUGGUUACAUUGUGGGAAAGUGGCCAAACGUCGGCUCAUAUAAUCGUCACCCGGUAAUAAGCAGCAGCGUUAUCGUUACUCCCAUGUUUUAAGGGAUCGCUUCCCACACCAGCGCCGCAACGUGUUUUCACCUUACGGGUGCCACCGCAAGCUCUUUAGCGGGCGAAUGUCUAUACCAAAAAUGAAGAAAAGGAAAGGAAAAGGCGAAAAACGGGUAGGAAAAACAAACUAAAGAGAAGGAAAUGUACGAGACGGAAAGUGAGAAGGAUGGAGGAAAGCGAAAAAAACACACACACACAUACCGAAUCGCCAAAUGGCCAUCCCCGUAAAUGGUCGAUUGCAUUUACUUUACCAUUCGAAAUGCUAGUCCGUGAGCAAAGUGGGUGGAAGUGGGUGGGAGCGCUGUAACCAGAGAGGCAUAUGUAGCGAUAUUAAAUAGUAUUUUCAGCCGGGCCAGGCGUUCCAGGGGGGCGUUUAAUGUGUGUGUGUGUGCGAACGUCUGCAAUUUUUUGGUAAUGUGAAGGAUUUCCUCCCCGGAAAUGAUUUCAGUUUCGGUUUGAUUGUUUUUAGAUUUUUAUUCUUUCUUUUCUAUGUAUUUAAUGCAAUCGUCUUUAUUCGAUGCUUAGCAGUAACAGAAGCAUGAUUGUUGAUCCGUGUGCAGCGUGUAGGGGGGAGUAGGCUAGUCCGUUCCGUUGUACCGUGUUGUGUAGUAUACGUUUUAGUUAAUCUAUUGUUUAGCAUAACAAACACCGAACAAAAAUCAAAGGAACAACGCAAGUAUGCAAUUAUUAAAAUCGAAUAAUAAAAAAAACCAAUAGCUUUACUGUGGCCGACGACCGGAUAUAAGAACACGAA